AAACAAUUUCAAAACUCACCUAAGUCACUGUCUCUCUUCAACUCAGUCAAAUAGUAAAAGAGAUUGUCAGCGCAAAGCAGCCAAAAUAGCCAGAGAGAAGGGAAAAGGGAAAGAAAAAAGUUGAGAGAGAAGAAGAGCUAGAAAAUUUGGGGUUCAGUAGAAGAUCAACAUUCGAGGAGCGCGGAAUCAACGAAACGCACCAGAAAAGGAAUCGGUGAGAGAAAGAAGAGAAUCUAGGGUUUCCGGUCGACGAUCGGAGGCCGGGGAAUGGCGAGUCCGCAGUCAGAACGGCUACUGAUUACUCCGAGUUCAGGUAGGCCUCUUUCCAUAACUCCUGGCUCUAGGGUUUUGCAGAGCCCUCUUGGUGAUGAAACUAUUUGGAAGCGUCUCAAAGAAGCUGGGUUCGAUGAGGAAUCUAUUAGACGCAGGGACAAGGCUGCACUCAUAGGCUAUAUUGCUACGCUGGAAGCUGAGAUUUCUGACCAUCAAUACCACAUGGGUCUUCUUAUAUUGGAAAAUAAGGAAUUGACUUCCAAGUAUGAACAAAUUAAAGCCUCUGCGGAAACAGCUGAAAUAUUGUCUAAGCGAGAUCAAGCUUCACACUUGUCUGCAUUAGCUGAAGCACGAAAGCGAGAGGAGAAACUCAAGAAGGCAAUAGGAGUCAAGGAAGAGUGCAUAACAAGUAUUGAAAAGGCAUUGCAUGAAAUGCGUGCUGAAUCUGCGGAAACAAAAGUUGCGGCUGAGUGCAAAUUGGCUGAAGCAAAGAGGAUGAUGGAGGAUGCUCAUAGGAAAUUUACUGAUGCUGAGGCAAAGCUGCAAGCAGCAGAGUCUUUACAGCUAGAAGCUGGCCGAUACCGCAGUGUUGCUGAAAGAAAGCUGCAGGAAGUUGAAGCCCGUGAAGAUGACCUUAGGAGGCGUCUUGAAACUUUUAAAUUAGAUUGUGAUGAAAAAGAGAGGGAAAUCAGUCUUGAGAGGCACUCUUUAUGUGAAAGGAAAAAGUCUCUUCAGCAAGAACAAGAUAGAUUGCUUGAAGCACAAACUUUGUUAAGUCAGAGAGAAGAUUAUAUAUUCAGUCGAUCUGAGAAACUAGAUCAACUUGAGAGAGAGUUAGAUAACACAAAAAGAAAUAUCAAGGAGGAGCGUAGAGCCAUAAAUAAUGAGAAAUCAAACUUAGAGCUAACUGAAGUGUCCUUAAAGAAAAGGGAAGAGGUUCUAAGUAAGCGGGAAGCUUUGUUAAGUAAUAGAGAGCAAGAGCUAACUCUUUUACAGGAAAAACUUGCGAGCAAAGAAUCUACUGAAAUUCAAAAAGUUAUUGCAAGUCAUGAAGUUGAUUUAAGAGCAAGGAAGUCUGCCUUUGAUGCUGAGCUGGAGAUCAAAUGCAAAAUAGUUGAAGAUGAACUUGAGGCUAAGAGACGUGCUUGGGAGUUGAGGGAGGUAGAUCUUAGUCAACGUGAGGACCUUGUCAAGGAAAGGGAACAUGACUUGGAAGUGCAAUCAAGGACAUUGGUGGAUAGGGAGAAAGAGGUUGCAGAUAUGUCAAAAUGUCUUGAUGAGAAAGAAAAAAGCUUGACUGUUAUCGAGAAGGAGGUUGAGUUGAGCAAACUUCUUUUACAAAGAGAAAGGGAAGAGAUUGUUCAGAUGAAGCUAGAGCUUAACAACUCCUUAAAUUCACUUGAAGACAGAAGGCAACAACUUGAUUGUGCAAAAGAGAAGUUUGAGAAUCUGAAAACUGAAACAAGCGAACUAUCAACUCUGGAGACAAACCUAAAAGAAGAGAUUGAUUCAAUCCGUGCUCAGAAACUAGAGCUAAUGGCUGAGGAAGAUAAGUUGACAGCAGAGAAGGCAAAGUUUGAAGCAGAGUGGGAAUUAAUUGAUGAAAAGAGAGAAGAACUACGGAAGGAAGCUGAACGAGUGGCUGAAGAGAGAAUGGCCUUGUCCAAGUUUAUUAAGGAGGAACGUGAUAAUCUCAGGCACGAGAAGGAUGAAAUGAGAGAUCAAUACAAACAUGAUGUGGAGUCACUUUGCCAUGAGCGAGAGGAUUUCAUGAAUAAGAUGGUACAUGAACGAUCUGAAUGGUACAACAAGAUGCAGCAAGAACGUGCAGAUUUCUUACUUGACAUUGAGAUGCGACGGAGGGACUUGGAGAACUGUAUUGAUAAGAAGCAUGAAGAAUUAGAAAGUUCUUUGAGGGAGAAAGAGAUGGCCUUUGAGCAGGAGAAGAAGAAUGAACUUCAGUAUGUUAGCUCUCUCAAGGAUAAAGUGGCGAAAGAGUUGGAACAUGUUGCUUUAGAAAUGAAAAGACUUGAAGCAGAGAGAAUAGAGAUAAAUUUGGAACGGGAACAAAGAAACCAAGAAUGGACCGAGCUAAAUAAUGCUAUUGAUGAACUUAAGGUGCAAAGGGAAAAAUUGAAAAAUCAGAGGGAGCUGUUGCAUGUUGACAGAGAAAAGAUUCAGGCUCAAAUUGAAGAACUGAAGAAACUGGAGAGUAUCAAAGCUGCCAUGGAUAAUAUGGCUUUGCUUGAGAUGCAACGAUCUGAUUCAAUAUCCAAUCGCAAAAGACUUUCUCGAAAGAAAAAGUUGAGGCAGUCUACAGCUGUACAGGAUCCCGAUAUUAAAUUGCGAAAUGAAAAUAAUAUUGCCAACCAUAGCAAUGGAUCUGAUUCAAAAUUAGAUGUUUUUUCUCCAUCUAGGUCUGCUCGCUUCUCAUGGAUCAAAAAAUGCUCUGAUUUGAUUUUCAGGCAGUCUUCUUCUGAGACUCCUUCCUUGAAUGAUGGCGAUGGCGCUUUGAUCUCUCACUAUAAAGAUGGCAGGCCUAUUAGAAAUGAAAAGACCCAGAAUAUUGUCAACGAAAGACAAUUGCAUGGAUAUUCUUCUGGAGAGCCUAAGGAAAUAGUUGAAGUGCCUGCAGUAGGUGAGGUUGCUGAAGGUAUUAAUGUUUCUGAAGCUGAACUUAGUGAAGCAAUUGUUGAAAAGUGUGACCCCAUGGUUGCUCACCAAGGUUUGCAGCCAAGGAGGAAACGUAGAGCUAACAAAUCUUCUGACAAUAAUUUUGAUUCAUCAGUUGAGAAAAGGCAAAAUACCAAGAAAAGGAAGCAACAAUAUGGUGGCGAUGAAAUUCCAUCUACACAAAUCACUGUGCAGAGUGCUACAACUGAGCAGCAGAAUGUGUACACGGAACAGGGUCAAACAAUGACAUUUAAACAAACUCGUGAAGGUGCUAAGGAGACGACUGUAUUAAUUGUAGAUAAAAUCAUUAAUGUUUCUGAAGUGACUUGUGAAAAUGUUGAAGCUGACCACAUUAUCCAUCGCAACAAAUUAGAACUCCACAAGUUUGUUGAAGAAUCAAAUGUGGGUUUUCCCUCCGACAAUGGAAAACAGGUAAUCCCCAGGAAAAGGAUAUCCCGGAACACUGUACAGAAGCUUAGUUGAGCAUAUGGUAUAGACAAACCAUUGGAGUUGUAAGAGGCGUACGUUGCUUGGACUCGUGAAAAAUAUGAGAAAGAAAGUUCUAUUACUACACAUACUUUCUGGUUUGUAUUUCUUUUGCCAAGUAAAAACAAUAAUUGGGAAAAUUUAGCUUGUUAGUGUUAGUGAGAUAUAUAUUCUUUUGGUGCGACCAAGAUGACUGGUAGUGAAACCUUGAAGAGAUUCAGACCUGAACUACCCAGUUGUCUUGGCUUCUGACUUGUGCUGGAGUGAGCUAACUAUGUAUAUUGACUUGGUGUGUGUGUUUUGGGGAGUUUGAUAUUUUGUAUAUGCGUGGCAUAGUCUUUGUUUGUAAGUGGUGUUUUUCCCUGUUAUAAGGAGUAGAGUUUGGGUUGCCGUUUUUUUUUCGUUCUUUAAUGAUGGGGGUGUUGUCUUCUUUA